UAUUCGCUCAUCUGCCUUUAGACGCAUAUGAACUUAAGUGACAUCCCAUUCUUAAUCCAUAGGGUUUAAUAUGACGUCGGCCCACCCUUUGCAGCUAUAACAGCUUCAACUCUUCUGGGAAGGCUUUCCACAAGGUUUAGGAGUGUGUUUAUGGGAAUUUUUGACCAUUCUUCCAGAAGCGCAUUUGUGAGGUCAGACACUGAUGUUGGACGAGAAGGCCUGGCUCACAGUCUUCGCUCUAAUUCAUCCCAAAGGUGCUCUAUCGGGUUGAGGUCAGGACUCUGUGCAGGCCAGUCAAGUUCUUCCACACCAAACUCGCUCAUCCAUGUCUUUAUGGACCUUGCUUUGGGCACUGGUGCGCAGUCAUGUUGGAACAGGAAGGGGCCAUCCCCAAACUGUUCCCACAAAGUUGGGAGCAUGGAAUUGUCCAAAAUCUCUUGGUAUGCUGAAGCAUUCAGAGUUCCUUUCACUGGAACUAAGGGGCCAAGCCCAGCUCCUGAAAAACAACCCCACAACAUAAUCCCCCCUACACCAAACUUCACAGUUGGCACAAUGCAGUCAGACAAGUACCGUUCUCCUGGCAACCGCCAAACCCAGACUCGUCCAUCAGAUUGCCAGAUGGAGAAGCAUGAUUCGUCACUCCAGAGAACGCGUCUCCACUGCUCUAGAGUCCAGUGGCAGCGUGCUUUACACCACUGCAUCCGAUGCUUUGCAUUGCACUUGGUGAUGUAUGGCUUGGAUGCAGCUGCUCGGCCAUGGAAACCCAUUCCAUGAAGCUCUCUAUGCACUGUUCUUGAGCUAAUCUGAAGGCCACAUGAACUUUGGAGGUCUGUAGCGAUUGACUCUGCAGAAAGUUGGCGACCUCUGCGCACUAUGCGCCUCAGCAUCCGCUGACCCCGCUCUGUCAUUUUAUGUGGCCUACCACUUCGUGGCUGAGUUGCUGUCAUUCCCAAUCGCUUCCAAUUUGUUAUAAUACCACUGACAGUUGACUGUGAAAUAUUUAGUAGCGAGGAAAUUUCACGACUGGACUUGUUGCACAGGUAGCAUCCUAUCACAGUACCACGCUGGAAUUCACUGAGCUCCAUUCUUUCACAAAUGUUUGUAGAAGCAGUCUGCAUGCCUAGGUGCUUCAUUUUAUACACCUGUGGCCAUGGAAGUGAUUGGAACACCUGAAUUAAUUUAUUUGGAUGGGUGAGUGAA